AUGGCGUCACCUUCCUCGUCAUCACAUGGGAGCUCUCGGCCGCAGAGGUCUUCUGGCGCCAGCUUUUCAAGCACCGAGCCUUUCCGCGUCUUCUCGUCUCUGGGUGCUCAAUCUGCCUCCCUCCUCUCCUCGCUCGGCUUUUCGCCAGCCUCGUGCCUCUCUGCCUUUCCCUUGUUCUGUUUUGUCUUCGGCUGCCUCCUGGGCCUGUGCUUUGCAGCUGCAACAGGCUCCGGCCUGGUCUGGGGCCCUUUGAUCCCUCUGCAGAGCGCAGCGUUGCCGCCGAACUCGCCCUUCUCGUCGCGGGCUGCAGCAGAGCCGAGCCCUAUCGCACCGCAUGUCCUGCCGUGGACUACGACGCUUCACACGCUCGCUGUCUCUCAGCAUUCGCGUCUCUAUCCCCCUGCCUCGGCUCGGCCGUCAGAGGAAGACGGCUUGGCGGCGGAAACCGGCGGCGAGAAGGAUUCGCCACGAGAUAGGGAGCCACGGGACCGCGCGUCCCGCCCCGCGGACGCGGAGAAUGAGGAUGAGUCGCCUGCAGGCCUACGCGAGCAGAAGGCGUUUGCACAGCCAAAAGUUGACGCCAAACUAUGUGGUGCGCCGACCUAUGCUCAGCCUGCUUUUGAGGCCGCCUCGGAUUCUUCGCCGCUCUUGAGGCGACCCUCUCCGCCCGCGGCCUCCGGCGCUCCGUGGGGACAGUUAGAAUCGUUGUCCGCCUUUAGCUCCGCGACCGCAGCGAAUCUCUCCUGGUUGUGCCUCCUGCUCGCUGCACUUCUCCCCAAGCUGCCGCAGUCCUCCGCCCCCGAGUUUGCGAUCGCCUCGCGGCCGCGCCAUAGCGUCUUCUCGCCCGCCUCGUCCUGCCAGAGCUGGAGCCCAGCGGGUCCUCGCGCGUCUGUGCCUGCGCCGGCACCGCGGCAGACGCCGAAGAAUGCACCGCUGUCCUCUGCUUGCUCGGCGGCCGCGACCCCGGCGAGGGAGUCCGCGCCGAGCGCGUCGCUCCAGGGGGCAGACGCGCCGCAGCAGGAGCCGGAGAGGGACUCUGGCGCAGCUGCAACUGCUUUUCAGAUGGGAGGAGGGCGCGCGCUGGAUGAGGGGACGGCAAAAGAAGAGGGUCGGAGUGCAGAGUGGGCGCAAGAAAACACGAGGGACUGCGUGCGGCGAGUGGUGCGUUUUGGGGGACGCACGGUGUUUACGGUCCCCGAGGUGUAUGUGCAGGGCGUCCUGCUUGUCGCGUUGAGUUGUAUUUUCGGUUUUUUUGGCGCGAGGAGUUUUUUCGGCUGCGAUCCACUCUGGAUGCAGCUGGAGGGGCUCUACCUCUUUCUGGUGGCCUCGCAUCACAUCACGGAAUUCUUUUUCGUAUUCUUCUACCAUCGCCGAGACCUGAGCAGCGACUGCUUCCUCCUCAACAACACGGCUGCGUACUCCGUCGCGCUGUUCCUCUCUGUCGCUGAACUGCGACUCAGACCUCAUCUUCUCAGGUCCCUUUGGGCUCCCAAGGGGGACGCCGCGGCGGAGGCCGCCGCCUGGUUGGCCGCCUCCGAGGAGACGCCGAUCAACCUCCUUCGGGGGCUGCUUGCUUUCGGGUCGCGUGUCUGUCGCGGCGCGUCCUCGGCUUUUCUCAGAGGGAUGGGACUUGCAAACAAAACGCUUUUCUCGGCGGCCGCCGGCAGCUCCUCCCGCACGUCGUCAGGGCCUUUUUCGCUGCCUUCUGCGUCUUCGUCUCCUCUCGAUGUUCCCGCCCUUCCAUCGCCAUCUUUGUCUGUAGCCUCGACGUCAGCCGGCAUUGCCCGCGGCGCGUGCCUGCGCGACACAGUUAGGCUGUUCACCGGCGCCUCCGCGCCGGAAUGCAGUUUCAUGUUCGCGUUGCUUUCUGUCUUUUGUGUCACGGGUCUGCUGCUGGCGGUCGGCGGUCUUCUGCUACGGCUCGCUGCUUUCGUCACCGCCGGUCGAAACUUCACGCACCAGAUUGCGCGAACGCGGCUGCCCUCGCACUCCCUCGUCACUCGGGGCGUUUACGGGCUCUACAGACACCCUGCGUACACUGGCUGGUUUUACUGGGCUGUCGGCAGCCAAAUGGCCCUUGGCAACGUGCUGUGCAUGCUGCUGUUUGCCGCCUCCUCCUUCGCGUUUUUCUUCGAACGGAUUCUCUACGAGGAACAGCUGCUGGAGGGCAUGUUCCCUGGCGGUUAUUGCGCCUACCGUGAAGCCACGCCGUCGCUCGGCAUCCCUUUCCUUCGGGCCGCCGUAAAACAUGCGCAAAGCGGCAAGGAGACAAGUCAAGCCGCAGACGCGAAAAAGGCACACUAG